GCUCGUGUAUUUUGUUGCCAUGCGGUAUUUAUCUACUUUCCGGAUAUCAUUUGAUUUUAAUUCGGUUUCUCAGUUAACUGGUAGGUUAAAUGUCAAUUCUAUUGAUAUCGCUCCGAAAUGGAAAAUAGAAUGUUACUGUUUACGCUGACAAUAGUUUCUUUGUGUAUACUGAUUGAAGCAACAAACAUUUUUGUUGCUUCACCAAACACAUUGCGAAUAGGUGAGCAAGAAACUGUUUCCAUUAUUGUGGAAGGAAAUAGAGCAGAGGAUGUUGAAGUGUACCUUCAGGAUCAUCCUGGAAAAACUAAGACCUUUUCCAGAACAGUUGGUCGGGUUCAGCCAAGAAUAAGUACAGAAUUCAGAGUUCAAGUAAACCCAGAAGAUUUACCAGAUAAAGAUAUUCUGGUUUCAACUGCAAAACACUAUGUGUCUCUUGUGGCAAAGGCAGGAAAUGGGUUUCAUAAAGAGGCUUUGCUUUUGGUUAACCCAAGAUCUGGAUAUGUUUUUAUCCAAACUGAUAAACCAAUUUAUACUCCAAAGCAAACAGUACACAUGCGAAUUAUCACCUUAAAUGAAGAUCUGAUACCAGAAAAUAAAAGGAUUACUUUGCAAAUUAAGAACCCUCAGGAUAUCACAGUAGAGCAUCAGAGUUGGAAAAUCAAGGAAGUUGGAAGAAGGACAGAGUUUUAUACAUUUGAUUACAGUUUUCCACCCUAUCCUCUCUUUGGUGAAUGGUCCGUAGUUGUUUCAUACGGCUAUGAUCUGUUAUAUAAUUCAACUGUGAAGUUUGAGGUUAAAGAAUAUGUUUUGCCAACAUUCUCUGUUGAUGUAACAGCUCCUGAAAUUAUUUUACAAAGUACAAAAAAAAUCAGUGGAAAUGUACAUGCCAAGUACGUGUAUGGUGAACCCGUGCAUGGUACAGCAAAUUUCAAAUUUGGGGUGAAGUUAAGAACAGGAAACAGUAUUAUUAUUGGCACACUAUAUGAUAAACAGCUUCAAGAUGGUAAAGUGGAUUAUCAAAUUGAUGUGAAUGAGUUUAUCAAGCAUGGGAAAAUAUCGAGUUUUUCUGACUUGGAAGGAAACCAUCUUUUUGUGGAAGUGUCUGUGUUGGAACAGGCUACAGGACAACGAGAAACUGGAAUAAAUGAAAAUGGCAUCUUUACACUCUCUCCUUAUGAUGUGUCAUUCAAGCGUUGCCUCAAUAAUUUUAUGCCUGGAUAUACGACAUUAAUACCAGUGGACAUAACCUUUGUUAGUGGUAAACCAGCUCCAGGUAUUCCUGCUAUUAUUAGUGUUAAAGAUGAGAAAGGAAGAUCUGUGGUAGUCCAAAAGUCAGAUGAUACAAGUGAUGAACGAGGACGUUGUAACUUUCUUGUUAAUCCAAGUAAAGAUCUAAAAGAGUUAAAAAUAGAGGUUAGAACAAAUGAUGGCAAAGGAAUUCAGUACCAGAAAAAAAGUCACCACAGAAUGACUGAACAGUCUUCUGAGUUUGGAGGAGUUAUUGCUAUAGACAGAGGCACAACAAAAAAGGAUUUGAAAGUUGAUGAAGAAUUUUCAGCAUCUGUUUUGACAAACCCAGCAGGUGGAAUGCGCAUGAUUUCAUACAUGGUAAUUGCAAGGGGGAAGAUCCUAAUCCAUAAACUUCUUCCAAAAGUUGAAUUAAUAGGUCAUAAAAUCUUCUUCAAAGUCAAUACAGAUAUGUCACCAAGCUUUCGACUAGUUGUUUAUGCUGUGUACAAAGGGCACCUGUUGACUGACUCUAUCCUGUAUAAUGUAGAACCUACCUGUAAAGAAAGUGUUAAGUUUAAACUUGAAACAGAUGUAAUAGAUCGUCCCAAGCCUGGACAACUUGUAAAAAUUAAUAUUGUUGAGGCCACUAAAGAUACGAAAAUUGGAUUAUUAGCUGUUGAUGAAGCUGUUUAUAUUCUACGUGACAAAGACAGAUUGACGAGAGAAAAAAUGUUCAAAGAAAUGGAAAAUCAUGACUUGGGAUGUGGACCUGGAGGAGGUAGUAACAUACAGAAUGUGUUAGCCAAUGCUGGAAUUGUAAUUCUCUCUAAUAUAAAACAUACUAACUACCAACGUGAAGAUUACAUUUGUGCCGUGCGUAUUCGAAAAAAGCGAGCAAUCGUGGAAGAAAUAGCCAAAAAUUACGAAGGAUUAGACAAAGGGUGUUGUAUUAUGGGCAUGACUCAUGAUCCAGAUCAGCGAAGCUGUGAAGAAAGACAUGCCAUUUUUGAAAAAUUUGUCUUCGAUGGGAGGGAAACUUGUAUGCAAGCAUUUUUAGAAUGUUGCAAAGAAAAGCAUUCCAAGUUACUUGCACGUUUUGACACAGGAGGCCGUGGUAGGUUUGGCUUUGAUCCUGUUGAUCAACUAAUUACAGUUGGGUUAGAAGAGGAACAAGAAUUUCUGAAACAACUUAAUAUCAGGAAAGACUUUAGGGAAACUUGGAUAUUUGAUGAUAUGUAUGUUGGUCCUAAAGGAAGGGUAGAAAAAGAGUUAUCACUACCACAUAGUAUAACCACAUGGGUAGUACAAGCUGUGGGGAUCUCCAACACAGGAGGAAUGUGUAUAGCUGAACCUUUGAAGAUUACUACUUUCAAAAACGUUUUUGUUCAGCUUAAUAUUCCUUAUUCAGUUGUCAGGAAUGAACAAGUGGAAAUUCAAGCAACUGUUUUUAACAAUCAUGCUCACCAGCCUGUCAGAGCUUCAGUGUAUAUGUAUGGUGUGAAAGGCUUGUGCUCUGGAGCUGAGGAAGGUCAGAGGACAGAGAGGAAGGUCCUGGAUGUUGCACAAAAUUCAGCAAAAUCUGUGAGCUUUCCUGUUGUGCCUCUGAAGGUGGGCGAAUUUCCUGUUAGGGUUGUAGUUUUCACUAUUGAUGGAAGUGAUUUCAUUGAGAAAAAAUUGAAUGUUGUGCCAGAAGGAGCUAAGGACUCAAAACUUAUAUCACUGCAACUAGAUCCCACUAAUCAACAAAAAAGACAGAAAAGAAGCAUCCACGAAAAACACUACAUUGAUUCCAUUGAUCCUGAAAAGAAGAUGCAGAUUUCAAUUGUGAAGCUGCAGCCACCACCUAAUUAUGUUCCAGACACAGCUACAUGCUUAGUUUCAGUUAUUGCUGAUCGUUUUGGCCCAGUUGUUGAAACGGCAUUACAAGAUACUGAAAAACUCAUCCAACAGCCUCGUGGAUGUGGAGAACAGACAAUGCUGUAUAUGGCACCUACUUUGUAUACUGUGAAGUAUUUGAAGGUCACUGGUCAAUUAAAUGCACAAACAGAAAAGAAUGGAUACAAGUUUAUAAGAGAUGGUUAUAGUAGAGAGCUUACCUUCAGAAAGGAUGAUGGAUCGUAUGCAGCAUGGCGAAAUAGACCAUCAAGCACAUGGUUAACAGCCUUUGUGAUGAGAGUGUUCUGUCAGGCACAAAAGCUAAUUGAAAUUGAUGAGAAGGUGAUAUGUAGUGGUAUAAAAUGGCUUGUUCAGAGACAGAAACCUGAUGGCUCAUUUGUUGAUGAAAAACCUGUCAUUCAUCAGGAGAUGAUUGGUGGUGUGAAGGGAGCAUUACCAAUGACAGCUUUUGUACUGAUGGCUUUGCAUGAGUGUUCCUGUACCACUGUUGCGAACAUAAAACUUGCUAAAAUCCGUGCAGCAGCAUACCUGGAAAUUAAGGUUCCGCAUAUCCAGGACCCCUAUAUUUUGUCUUUAGUGGCAUAUGCCCUAUCUUUAGCUGAUAAUGAUGCCAAGGUGGAAGCCAAUCGGAAACUUCUUUCUAUGGCAACCUUUCAGGGGGACAAAAACUACCAUUACUGGGGAGAUCCCAACAGUCCCCGAGCCAUUGAGACUGCUGGAUAUGGAUUACUGAUUCAGAUAUUAAACAAUGAUAUUGAAUAUGCUAACAGUAUUGUAAACUGGCUGAAUUCCAAAAGAACAUUAUCUGGUGCAUUCAAGUCUACACAAGACACAGUUGUUGCUUUGUAUGCUAUGUCAGAAUAUAGCAUUCUGUCAAAGAAUCCUGAAACAGACUUGCAUUGUAAUGUUACAUUGAACAAUGACCCUUCUUUCUUCAAAGAACUUCAUUUCAAAGAGAACACUGCUAAUAUUCUCCAACAGUUUCAGAUUUCAGAGCUUGGAGGACACCUUAUCUUUAACACAACAGGUUAUGGAAUGGGCCAGUUGGCUGUUGAACUGAAGUACAAUGUUCCUAUGCCUCCAGAAAAGUUAUGCAAGUUUGAUCUUGAUGUUAAAGUAGAAGAAGUUAAAGAGAAAAUACAACAAGUUAUAAAUCCGAGGGUCCCUGGAAACGAAAUUUUUGAUCUGUUACCUGAUGCUUUACUCCGUAAUUUAGGUUUCCCAAAAAGAAAAGAAAGGUCACUUUCUGACAACACUGGAGACUAUGCAAGGAUUAAGCGAGAUAACAGAGGUCGAGUUGGAGAUGGAGGAAGACGUGGUAAUGAUGGGAAAAGCAAACUAUUGUUGGAAAUCCAAAUAUGUUUGAAAUAUUUGUCUCAUGUAGAUUCUAACAUGGCAAUUAUAGAUGAAUUAAAAGAGCUGGUUAAACAGAAAAAUUCCAAGAUUGCAAGAUUUGAAGCAUCUGACAAAAGUGUUGUAUUUUACAUGGAUAACGCUCCCCAUGAUAAACCUUACUGCUUUAAGGUCCGAAUUGUACGACAGUUCAUUGUGGGUAAUAUACAAUCAAGUGUUGUCAAAGUUUACGAUUACUACAAACCAAAGGAAUCAUGUUCCCAGUUUUAUAGUCCAGACAACCAGAGUCCUUUAAUUCGAACCAUCUGUGAAGGAAGUGUAUGUCAGUGUGCUGAAGGUGGCUGUCCUCCUAGACAUCCCUUUCAAGGUGUAACAAGUGUACAUGAUAUUAGUGAAUCGAGAAAGUUACUUUUAGACAGAGCUUGUGUGGAUCAUGAUUAUGUGUGGAAAGGAAUUGUUGAAAGCAAGAAAGAAAAUGGAUUUCGUUAUAUUUCGUUCAGAGUGACUUCAGUUUUUAAGGAAGGUAUUGAGCGAAAAGAAAAUAUUUUGCAAGAAUCUAAAGAUCUGAUGGUACGAGACUCGUGUUCAGUAGCUGACUUAGAUGUACAGCAAGAAUAUGUCAUCAUGGGACGCGAUGGAGCCCAGUUUAAAGAUGAGGAUACUGGAAUACUGCUGUAUCGAUAUAUUUUAGACCAAACUACCAGCAUAUUCAAAUGGACAAGAAUAUCAGUGGCAGAGAAUAAGGUAUUGACAAAAACAUUCCGUUGGCUUGAAAAACACAUGGUUCAACAUGAAGAAGGCUGUCCCCAAUAAAGUGUUUUGAAAAGUUGUUAUUCUGUUGAUUUUUCAAUGCUAAUAUUUGUAUUAUUCAAAAACAGUGUUUUCCCUUUGCAAGAAUUCUUUGUUUAUAAUAGAUACAAUUUGUUGCGAUAAGUUUGUUCAUUUACUAGAAUCAAUAACAUCUGCUUGUAUAUGUUUAACUUUAUAAAUUUAGCAUUAUGCCAGUAUUUUUGUUCUGUUAUAGCAGUUUCAUUUUACAGACAUUCUUAUCCCAGCAAUUUUAAACAUACUUUAAAGACAUUUUUAGUAAUUACUGAUUAUAUUUAAUUAUAUAGUGGUAUUUUUUAAUUUUAUAAAAUUCAAAAGCAUAAUUUGCUUCUUUAGUCAAUAUGUAAACUUUAUAAUCAUAUUUUGCUGAAAUAAAUCACCACAUAUUUGUGUUAAAGUUAUUAACACUAAAUGGCCUUAUUACACAAAUGCAGAAAGUAUCAACUGUUUUGGGUAACAUUUUUAAAUAUAUUUUGUACAAUAUUUUACAACUGAGAACAGUUUUUAUUAACUUUUCAGUAACUUGCUAUUAUGUGCUGAGGUGUUUCAUAAGAAGCUUCUUAUAAUUUCAUGGUUAGUGUAGUCAGGAUGUUGAAAUACUCUAGAAUGCAUAUUUUCUGUGAAAGUAUUUUGUAUCAAGUGAAUGACAGACAUUAAAGAAGUUUUCCACCAGUUA